AUGAAAGACCUGAGAGAAUUGAGAUUCUUUCUAGGAAUUGAGUUUGCAAGGUCAAGCAAGGGUAUUCUCAUGAACCAAAGGAAAUAUGCACUGGAGCUUGUAUCAGAAUGUGGAUUGGGAGAAGCAAAGUCAACUGACUCACCUUUGGAUCAAAACUUGAAGCUCACCAGUGUAGAAUAUGAUAAGCAUUGUGGAGGACAAACAACUGAUGAAGAUCUAGAGGACAGAAGAGUAUAUCAGAGGUUAAUUGGGAGGCUAUUAUACCUAGCAAUCACAAGACCUGACAUAUCUUUUGCAGUUCAGGUUAUGAGUCAGUUUAUGAAUACUCCAAAACAGUCUCACUAUGAAGAAGUUUUAAGGGUAGUAAAAUAUGUUAAAGAUUCACCAGGACAUGGACUGCUGAUGAGCAACAAAACUAGUGGAAAAGUGACUGUAUUUUGUGAUGCAGAUUGGGCAUCUUGCUCAAUGACCAGGAAGUCAGUCACAGGAUAUUGUAUAAAACUGGGAGAUUCUAUCAUUUCAUGGAAAUCCAAGAAACAGAGUACUGUAUCAAGAAGUUCAGCAGAAGCUGAGUAUGGAAGUAUGGCCACCGCUGUGGCUGAAUUGGUAUGGGUGCAUGGAUUGUUGGAAGAAUUGGGAUUAAAGGUUGUUCUACCUAUGGAGCUUCAUUGUGACAACAAAGCAGCUUUACAAAUUGCCUCUAAUCCAAUGUACCAUGAGCGUACAAAGCACAUAGAAAUUGAUUGCCACUUUAUUAGAGAAAAAUUGCAACAGGGGCUGAUCAAAACAGCACAUGUCUCAAGCAGGAACCAAAUUGCAGAUAUAUUGACUAAGGCACUCAGGAAACAAUUGCAUAGUGAAAUGGUUGGCAAGUUGGGGAUGAUAAAUAUCUUUUCACCACCCAACUUGAGGGGGAGUGUAGAAAUUAGUCAUAGCAAUGAAAGUUGUACAUAG